UAAGAAUCAAGUUGGAAGAACCUACGGAGUAGCGCCGCAAUAUAGCAUGUUCCCGAUCUCAAUCUCGAAAUUUACUACUUUUGAGAAUAUAGCAUCGAUGGCCAGACCACGACAAUCGCAUAUGUGUGACUGCUAGAAUCCCCAAAAAGCUGCUCCUUGGCUUUGUCUACUCUGUCCUUUCCCCUCGUGCUUGGAAAUAUCGUGGACGGACUUGAAAGACCAUAUCUCCAUACCGUACGCUGCAGCCGAACAUUAGAAUCUGUAAAUACCCCUGACAGAGAACCAUGCUCGGGCUCGGAGCCUAUGAAAGCAGCAGUGAGGAUGAAGCAGAAAACAAGAAGUUUUUAUCAAUCUCUCAAGAAGGGAAAGAGACUCCAGUAGAUGCCCAUGGAAGAUCAGCUAAUGACCAGAUGCCGGAGACACAACCUUCGCCCAGUAUAACCACCAAUGUGCUUACCACCGCGCCCGUUGUUGGACCUUCACAUCCUCCCAAAGAACAUAUUGCUUCGGAAGAGCUCUCUUUUGAUGCCCGGUCUUCACCUGCUUCGGCGUCUCGCGCCCUUAUUCAUGAUUUAACACUACCACCCGUGCCGAAUCUCGAUAUACCUCCAUCGCCCCCUGGUUCCCCUGAGACAGCUACGAGUGCGAAAUUCGCACAUUUUCUUAACUUGAAGAAAAAGGGUGUACAUUUUAACAAAAAGAUGGCUAUUUCAGCAUCAUUGAAGAAUCCUAGCUUGCUCCAAAAGCUAAGGGAGCAUGCUGGGAUUGACGAACAAGCCCAAUACUCCACUUCAUUACCGAUUGACGUAUGGGACCCGUCUAAUCUACCGCAAUGGGGGUUUAAGGAGGAGCUUUUGAAGACACAGCAGGAAGUACGCCGAAAUGAAGAAGAGAAAAGGUUAGCAGGGCAGAGGACUUCAAUCGACUUUGUGAGCGGAGCUAGUCACACAGAAAAUGGAACCAGAGCAACCUGAAUCGCUAGGUCUUUGUUACUCCAAUAUAGGUGAACCAGAAUCUUUAUUGUAACACCAAUGUGCUUACGCC